AACGAGGGUUAGGGUUUCUCUCAACCCCCUCAUAUUCCAAUCGCUGCACAUUUUUUCACCGCCUUCUAAAACCCAUGGGAAAAUGGGUGAAGAAGAAACCAGGACUGCCAAAAGCUGAAGAACUAAAAUUUGAUCCUUCCCCAAUUGUUCUGAGCAGCGACGACGAGGCCGAUGAUGACCUAAGCUUGAAAAUCGUUGAAAAAGCAAUGUCAAGAGCCCGUGAUAAUAAAAUCAAUGGUAAUCCUUCAGGAUCGUCUUUGAAACCUGAAGUUAUCAUCACAAAAGUGAAGAAAAAAAUAAAGAAGAGGAAGAAGGAGAAGAUGGGGGUACAAGACAAUGCUGUUGACGAUGUGGAGAUAAAGGAGGAGGGCGGUGCACCAAAAGAGACUGACUUGACAUCGGAGACAAAUCCUUCGGAGAAAUCUGAUAAUAUUGUUCUGCGGAAGCUUCUCCGUGGACCAAGGUAUUUUGAUCCUCCAGAUAGCAGCUGGGGAAAUUGCUAUAAUUGUGGUGAAGGUGGCCAUACAGCUGUGAACUGUACAUCAGCUAAGCACAAGAAACCUUGUUUUGUUUGUGGGAGUCUGGAGCACAAUGUGAAGCAGUGCAACAAGGGGAAAGAUUGCUUUAUCUGCAAGAAAAGUGGCCAUCGUGCGAAAGAUUGCUUGGAGAAAUAUGUUGUGGGAUCACAUACGUCUAAAAUUUGUUUGAAAUGUGGUGAUUCAGGGCAUGAAAUGUUCUCAUGCAAGGGCAUAUAUUCUCCAGAUGACCUUAAGGAAAUACAAUGUUAUGUUUGCAAGUCCUUUGGGCAUCUUUGUUGUGUCAACUAUGCUGGUGGUGGUCCAAGAGAAAUUUCUUGUUACAGAUGUGGUCAAUUGGGCCAUACUGGUUUGGAAUGUGCACGAGUGCGUGCAAAAACCAGUACAGAGACACCUAGUUCUUGCUACAAGUGUGGUGAGGGAGGCCAUAUUGCUCGUAAAUGUACUAGUUCCGUUAAGAAGGACAAGAGGAAAAGCGAAUUCUCGAGCCCUAGGAAGAAUCACUCGAGGGAGAACUAUGGAAGCCAUAUAGGAGUCAGGUCCGUACCUCAUGAUUUAGGUAACGCUCGUAAACGGAAAACACAAUAUGGACAACAGAGUUCAUCAUCUCAAUCGAAGCCAAGGGGUAGAGGUGGAUGGAUAACUGAAGAUCCUGGUGACUGGGGAUCUCCUAAAACCCCAUCUAGGUAUAAAUCUAAUGACAGAUUCAAUGGUGGUAGUGGUUAUAACUCAGGAUUUCGUAGCAAUGGUCGAAAGCUUCAGUAUGAAAGCACAGUUGGUUCUAAUGGAUAUCAACACAGGUUUUCAGCAUCGAAGUUUGUAAACUCGAGUAGUUAUGGCAAAAGAGAAUAUGGUUGGGAUUAUUAGUCGUAUGCUAAGAAAUGCCGUUAAGUUGGUGGCGAUCGUAAAGCAGAUGAUUGGAUAUUGAAGGCUGAUGGUCGAUUGUUUUGUCGACCAAUGUUCAUGAAAGCUUGCAAGUUGGUCUGGUGUACACUUUUUGAAAUCAAGUGGGGGUCUGAUGAUUGGUGUAUCUUUAGUAGCAUUUUUGUUAUUGUUUAGUGUUUGUGGUUAUUCUUUCAGAUUUUCAAAAUAGGUAAUAUGUUUUUUUUGGGUUUUACAUUAACAAUUUUUAGUUCAAAUAUUUAACGUCUUGAAAGGUGCAUACUCUUAAAUUGAUGUGCAAGGUUGUAACCUUAUAAGUCCUAAAAGAUUGAAAUUCAAUUGUGUAAUGCAAAAUAAUUGUCACAAAAAUAAGUGUUUACAAUAAG